CAGCUUUCUCCCGGAAGUGUGUGGUUUCUAGGGUGCAGGAAGCGGACCCGGGUGAAAACAGGUGCGGCAGGGGUCUUCGUCCCGGUUAGCGGGGAGGAAGGAAAAAGCCGCCAUGUCGGCCUUCGACGCGAACCCCUUCGCGGAUCCCGUGGACGUCAAUCCCUUCCAGGAUCCUUCAGUCACUCAGCUGACCAACGCGAACCAAGGUACCCUGGAUGAGUUCAAUCCAUUCUCAGAGAAUUCUCGGCAGGCAAACACAGGUCAGCCCAUCCCAACAACACAGCCUGCUGGUGCGUCUCAACCUGCCGUGCUGCAGACCUCAGUGGAGCCCACCCCACAGUCUGUGGCCUCAUCAGCACAGGCGGGGCUUCUGAAGCAGCAAGAGGAAUUAGAAAAGAAAGCUGCGGAAUUGGACAGAAAGGAGCGUGAACUUCAGAACAGCGCAGCAGGCUUUGACCCAAAACAGAACAACUGGCCCCCGCUUCCAAGGUUCUGCCCCGUCAAGCCUUGCUUCUAUCAAGAUUUCUCUGCAGACAUCCCAGCCGACUAUCAGCACAUUUGCAAAAUGAUGUAUUACUUAUGGAUGUUUUACUCGGUCACCUUGGUGUUAAACCUCCUCGCCUGCCUGGCGUUGUUCACAGUGGAACCCUCUACCACAGGGUCGGAUUUCGGCCUGUCCAUCUUAUGGCUUGUCUUGUUCACCCCCUGCGCUUUCCUGUGUUGGUAUCGGCCAGUUUACAAGGCUUUCAGGUCUGACAGCUCCUUCAGUUUCUUCUUCUUCUUCUUCAUAUUUUUUUGCCAAGUAAUCACCCUCGUCGUCCAGGCUGUCGGUAUCCCUAACUGGGGGAGCAGCGGCUGGAUUUUGGCCCUCUCCAUGACCACAAACUGGGCCGUGAAGAUUAUCAUGAUGGUGGUGGCCGUGUUCUUCACAACCGGCGCCAUUCUCUCCAUCUUCUUGCUGAAGCGAGUCCACUCGCUCUAUCGCCGGACCGGCGCCAGCUUCCAGAGAGCCCAGGAAGAAUUCUCCCAAGGCAUCCUCAGCAACAGGAGCUUUCAGACGGCCGCUAGCGGGGCAGCUUCCACGGCGGCUCAGAAUGCUUUCCGGGGAAACUGAAAUUCCCCAGC